AGGAAGGAGGGGGGAGCAAGGCUGCAAGAAUGAAGCCUGCGAGGAUAGUGACGCACGAUUAUCUCCUCGCUGCUCACUCAUUGGCUGCCGGGGCCGCCCGUCACUGAGCUCAGGUUUAGGGAUAUGCCAUCAGGGCAGAUUAUGAAGCAAGCCUCGUCUCUGGCGGUCCCCUCUGCUCGUCUCCAUGGCUGAACGCAGGCUCUACACGCUUUUCUCGUUGUUGCUUUUCGCGCUGGUGCAGCCGUCUUCGCCCUUCAACCAAGUGCCUGCGAUCCUGGACAGGAGCUCGGAGGUCCCCCCAUAUCCUGCUAUCAGAAUCAGAUCAGAUGGAGUAGGCGUUGAGAGUCCAAGUGCCUCACAUGAGGAGAGUUAUUCGCCUGCAGCUGAAAAUCCACUCCGAAGAAUACUGCAGCCUUAUGGAUGGCAUUUGCAUGCUCAGCCCAGGACUAAAAGGAAGUUACUUCAGUCUACCAGCUCGGGGCCAUACUCUCCUCUGAAUGUAGCUUACAAUGGCAAAAUAUGCAUCCUAUUCAAGGCCAAGAGACUGGCCAUUCGCUACAGAAACAACACCUUCUUGGAUCUCACUGAAAGGGUGUUUGGACCCAAUGCCCCCGUAGACACCAAAGGCUCAGUGUGCACCAAAGAAAAAGCCACCCUGUCUCUACGCUUGGGAGAUGUCGAGGAUAUCAAGGGACUUGUCAUCAGGCUCCAGAUGUCCAACACGUUCUACGAGUCAGCAGGUCAGAACUGGUUCACUUUGGACAGUGUUCAUAUCCACUACAACUGGACUCACGAAGCCACAUUCAAUGCCACGGAGGUGUACGCCCCUGCCACCUAUUCUUACCACUGCCAGCACGUCAGCAGCUUACAGAAAUAUGACACUCUACUGGUGCCCAGCUCGCACACCGACAGCUCUGCAAACUGGCACAUCACUUUUACUGACUUCCAGAUUCAGGCCUUCAAUGUGCAGUCCAACAAAUUCGCCUCAGCCAGCGACUGCGCCACCUUUUUCACGCCGGCUAUUCUGAUGGGACUCAUCACAUCUCUGAUUCUGCUGCUGGUGCUGGCCUACGCCCUGCACAUGGUGGUCCAUCUCAAGCACAUCGACCGUUAUGAGGAGCACAAGACUACCGUCUACUUCCCACGCACACCCGAGGCAGAACUGCCCGACAAGAACAGCCUGUAGGGGGCAAGUAGUGGUGCCACCUAUGGGGAAAAUCACAGACCUGCAAAGGACCAGGGAGGACUAACGGAGGAAGGGUUGCCUCUUCUGAUUCUGGAAGGCUGCACUGUGCUCUCGGUCUUACUCCUGCCUGGCACUAAACCUCUUGAUCGGCGUCUAGUUUGAAGGCAGGAGGUGAUCUGAUCUGCUGAAUCAGGUGUUUAAUCCCAGGCUGGAGCCAAAACCCUGGAUGCACCUUGCUUCUCCAGGACCAGGACUGGGAAGCCUACAAAGAAGGAGCAUUAAACUGUGAAAUGGAAUUUCCAUAGACGAAGAAAGAGCAUUGAACUGUGAAAUGGCCUUUCAAAGGACCACAGCUAGAGCAGACUUUACAAGCACUCGAAUGGAUGGAAACAAGUACUGUGGAAAUGCACUGUAUGAAUAUCCAAGAGAUACACGAACCAAGAAGACAGAAAAAAAACUGUGAAACAGUAGUGACUCUGAUCACUAGGUCACUCAAUAGUGACUGUGAUCACUCUGGUCUGAAAAUGUGGUUCUUCUUUUUACACAGCAAAAGUCACAGUGUCAUUCAAUUGCAGUGGAAUCCAUGGACAGUAGUGGUUACUGAUAUGCCAAUUACUAAAAAAAAUUACGACUGCCAAAGGAGCAAAAUAGUUUGUCAGCCUUGACACAUCACUGACAGUAAUAUGUGAAUAUGAAAAGUACAAAAGGAACAACAAAACAAACCCUACAUGUACAGUGCUAAGUAACUCUACUGUAGUUUUUUAAGUAAUUCAAAUACAACAAGUACAGUAGAUUCAGGAAUUCCAUUUAAAAUUCUCAUCAUCUCAAAAAACGCAGUUUGCUGCUGUAGUUGUUUAGAUAUAGAUUCAUACACUACAUGGCCACACAUUUUACUAUUUAACAAUCUGCAAGUAUUACAUAACUACAGAACCUAUAUCAAAAAAUGCAUCAAAACUAUAAAAGAAAUUUGUUUUUCCUUUUUUUUUAAUUUCAGAAAUAUCUGAAAUGUUGCAUCACUAUGAAUUUUUUUAUAUGAACGUAUAUGUACCAGACCUGAUAAAUCUCCUUCCUCUUGACUAGGUGGAACAUAUUGGGUCUAAUAGAAGCGCUUAGCACUACUUGAGAAUUUACAGUAAAGCCAGUGUAACUAUAGAGAGGUCCUGUUUGAAAGACUGCUGUAUGAUAACUCAUGUAGGUGUUAAAUACCCUCAGUACCAUAUUCAGUAAGCCUCUAUAUAUCUACAAGAUAUAACAUCAGUAACUCAUUAUUGCAAUAACCCACAGCAUGGCAAUGACUAGUGAUAAAACCUUUACCAGAGCAGUUCUGACACUCAUGGUAGUGGUGUGCAAUGUGUUCAUUUGGUCAGAAUGGAAGCCAACUUACAUACACGUUAAGGUUUCCAGUCAAUGUAGUUUGAACAAUAAAUGAUGAUCGGAUCAAAAUGG